GACUCCUCCUUGAGCGCUCCGCUCUCUUUCGCCGUGAUUUUAUACCGAAGUCAUACUUCACAUUCCAGCUUUACUGUCAAAUCGGGAGAAAUAUUUCUUCAAAAACAUCAGCGUUGUUUGCCUUUGUAAAUAGGCUAAUGAGAUAGUGCCUCCAAUCCUUUUAAAAAAAAUUGUUACAUUUUAUUUUUUGCACUCAGCAGAGCAGAGGUUUGCUUUUAAGUAGUCCUGGGUGUGAGGGCUCACGUAGGGGCCCAGGUGGAGCCGCCACGAUUGCAGCCAACGAGUGGAGCACCAGCGAUAGCCCGGAGGAGGGGCAGGAGGAUGGAGUGGACGGGAUGGACAAGGCCGGAAUUGACGGGGACGCGGAGGGGGUCUGGAGCCCGGAUAUCGAACAGAGCUUCCAGGAGGCUCUAGCCAUCUAUCCACCCUGCGGCCGCAGAAAGAUCAUCCUCUCAGAUGAAGGGAAGAUGUAUGGUCGCAAUGAGUUGAUAGCAAGAUACAUAAAACUGCGAACAGGGAAAACUCGCACACGGAAACAGGUGUCUAGUCACAUACAAGUGUUAGCCAGGAAGAAAAUGCGGGAAUACCAAGCAGGCAUAAAGGAUCAGGCCUCCAAAGACAAAGCCCUGCAAAAUAUAGCUGCUCUGUCCUCCGCUCAGAUUGUUUCCCCUCAUUUGAUGAAGAGUCAGUUGCCUCCUCUUCCUCAGCACCCUUACCCUCCUCCAGCCAGGUUUUGGCCUGGCUCUAUCCCAGGACAGCCUGGACCUUCUCAGGACAUUAAACCCUUUGCACAGAGUCCAUACUCCACCCUACAACCCCAACUUCCUACACCCUUAUCAAAUGUUUCCUCAACAGGUUAUGAGCCCUUACCCACCCCAUUCCCCCCCACUGCCACUGCAGUGCCUGUUUGGCAGGAUCGGACCAUUGCCUCUGCUAAACUCCGCAUGCUGGAGUACUCUGCCUUCAUGGAGGUCCAGAGGGACCCUGAUACUUACAGCAAGCAUCUGUUUGUUCACAUUGGCCAGACAAAUCCCUCAUACACGGACCCUCUCCUGGAGGCAGUGGAUAUUCGUCAGAUCUAUGACAAGUUUCCGGAGAAGAAGGGUGGACUAAAGGAACUUUUUGAGAAAGGCUCUCAGAACGCCUUCUUCCUGGUCAAGUUCUGGGCUGAUCUAAACAGUAGCAAUGUUCAGGAUGGUGCAGGCUCUUUCUAUGGGGUCAGCAGUCAGUACAGCAGUUCUGAAAACAUGACGAUCACCGUGUCCACUAAAGUCUGCUCUUUCGGGAAGCAGGUGGUAGAGAAAGUUGAGACAGAGUAUGCCCGCGUGGAGGGUGGGAGGUACGUUUACCGGAUUCAUCGUUCCCCCAUGUGCGAAUACAUGAUCAACUUCAUCCACAAACUCAAGCACCUACCAGAGAAAUAUAUGAUGAACAGUGUCCUGGAGAACUUCACUAUACUACAGGUUGUAACAAACAGAGACACACAAGAGACUUUGUUAUGCAUUGCGUUCGUGUUUGAGGUGUCCACAAGUGACCAUGGUGCGCAGUAUCAUGUUUACAGACUCGUCAAGGACUGAUUGAUCACUGUGCUCAAGAGACCUCCAGAUGCUGUUCACAUGUGUACAAGCAAAAUUAGACAAAGCUAAAGUUCAAAAACACAAACCAGGAAACUGUGCACUAGGUUGUACUGAAUAUUUAAUUAUGUUCCUUAAAAGGAAAGGAAUUUUACUUUCAGGGAUAAUUAUAUUUCUUCCUUUCUACUUAUUGUUUUGUGAAAGAAGAGUUCUUGAAUGUCUGUGGUGGGAUAACAUGGUACUUAGACGCUGAAGGCACAAAGGUCUUUUUUUUAAAGUGAUUGUAAGCAAAUAGAAAAUGAAUGCUAAUCAAUACAAGUUCUCUAAUCAGGAACGUUGUGAAAUGAUACGCUUGUUCUGAAUCUUUCGCUUGACACACCAGCGCACUACCUCUGACCUUUGACACACAGGGGGUUUAGAUUGUGCUCAGAAGGAUGAGCAAGUCUUGAUUGUGAUAAAAAAAACUAAAAAAAAACUGUUAUGUGUAAGAAAGAAAUCUUGAAUGUUUGUUGUGAUGGUAAAUGUAAGUUACAAGAGUGCAACAUCAGUUUGGUUUAGAUGUUACACGCUUGCUCUGAGUAUGGCUUGAUUUUCUAUUUUUUAAAGUGCAUAUGUGUGAGCUAUUUCUACCUCCUGGUGUUACACUUAUUUACGUGCUUCUGGAGCAUCUUGAAAGCAGAGCGUACAACUGUCAUUUAAAACCAUUUGCCAAUGCCAUAGUGGUUAUUGUAAAUAAACGGUACAUAUGCUGGUUUUACUUGAUUACUUGCCCUCAUUUUAAGUGCCUUAUCACACUUGAGGCCUACCUGUACUGGCAAGUAGGCAGCAUAAUUCUGUAGAUGAGGUAACCUUUUUCGAGGGCAACUCUGAUGUGGUGUAGCCCCACAUCAGAGUUGGCCUUUAAAAAUGUUACCUGUACGUAUAGGACAAAACAUAUCUCAGCAGGUAAGACUUGGGUUUAAAUUCACAGUAUUUUAGAGUUUUAUCUAAGAACAUAUUAAUUAUAUAAUCGCCAAGCAAUUUCACUUAACUUAGCUUUGUUACAUAUGAAACUGGGUGCUUAUUUAAAACUGGGUGAGUAUUUUUCUAACAUUUAAUAGCAAGAAAAGACUGUCCCUGAACUAUUGUGUUUCAGUCUGAUUGAUUUGAGUGGCAAGCCAUUUAUCAACAGAGAAUUUUGAAAAGUAACAUUUUAAAAGUUAACCUUUAAUUCCAUAUCAAAAUGUGCAAAGAUCCGAACUAUUCGGAUCCACUGGCUCUCAGGUUCUUUCAGUAAUAUAAAACACUCUAUGUUUAGAUUGAUAGUACAUAACUACUCAUUAUUUGUUAUGCUUCCACUAAAAGCACCCACCUUAAUUGGAGUUUAUAUCUUUUUAUUUGUUUUGUUUUGCCACUGGCACAUUCUGAGGUUAAUACAUACGGUUUUUAAAGAUCAACGCCUUGGCAGUGUAUUGAACAUAAUUACUGAGUGACAUUCAAUCAUCUGUUUGUUUCAUUUAUGACAUCAUAUUUCAGUACAUUUAUAUGCAUUUGUGCAUUGCAUUAUGAAAACCACAUUUGCUAUUGCAAAAAGGAUUACUGAAGCCUAUAUAUUUGUGGGAUGUUUUUCUUUUGGAACUCCGGAUGCAACCGUGAACAUGUGGAAAAGAUGUACUUUUUGGAAAGGACUAGUCCCUAAUACCAAAGAGGUCUUUAAAGUCUAUACAGAAUGACAUCCAAUUGAAUGUGAACAGCAUCCACCAUAAAACCCUAUCUUGCCUUAUUGUGUGGUUCAGGUCAUGUUUGACAUCUACAAGCAAAAUCAUCCCUCUGCGUGAGUGUGUGUGUGUAAUUGGGUGUGUAUAUCUGUGUGUUUGUGAGAGAGAGAUAAACAUGAAUUUAACAUGCUACAAAAUGUUUUGUGUAUAUUUUAAGAAUGUUAACAGGAAAAGUUUUUAUCUCUUCUUUUUUCAUCUUUAUUAUUUGCUUUGUUUGUUCAAAAAUUAUUCUUUGCUCUGGUUAUUAAUAAAAAAAAGGGUUGUAACAUCUAUACAGUGUUUCAUUGAUCUGCUAAUAAAGUGAUAUUGGAGCUGUGGAAGCCAAAAUUUCAAA